AGGACGAGGAACGGUGCAGCGACCUUUUUCUUUCUAUUGAAAAUACGCCUCAGUCUGUGUUAAUUUUUUUAGGCCUUAUGUUUAGAUUGUAGUAGCGACUUUAUUUUUGUAAUUAGUUAUAUCUAUUUCAAGUUUAAUGUAAAUAUGCAUAGGCCGGAUAGAUCUGCGUGGAUAUAUCUCGCCGUCGUGCUGGUGGAUUGUUACUUGGAAGCAGUUUUCGGUUUUCUCUCUUACUCCGUUUUCGAGGAAGUGGACCGUGGAAGCUUUGUUGGAAAUAUUGCCAAAGAUCUCAACAUUAAUAUACCGGAGCUGGAAUCCCGCAUGUUUCAGAUCGUUGCGGGAUCGAAGAGGAAAUAUUUUGAGGUAAACCUAAAGACUGGCGCUCUGUUCGUUAACGAGAGAAUCGAUCGGGAGGAACUCUGCGGCAAUGAAGAUAAAUGUUCACUUAAUGUCGAAGGAGUUAUUAAUAAUCCACUUAAACUCUACCGCUUUGAAAUUACAAUCCUGGACGUGAAUGAUAAUUCUCCGUCGUUUCCGAAUACGUUGCUAUCAAUGAAUGUCAGUGAAAACACGGCGACGGGGGCAAAAUUCCCAAUGAAUCCUGCUGAAGAUUUAGACGCUGGUAAAAACGCUGUUAAUACGUACAAGCUGAGUCAAAAUAACUAUUUUUCUCUGGUUACACAUAAAGGAGAAAGUGUCACUCCUGAAAUCGUGCUACAGAAAGCCUUAGAUAGAGAAAAACAAGCUGUGAUUCAGCUAAUAUUAAUUGCCUUUGACGGAGGAACACCAGCUAAGUCAGGCAGCGCGAUCAUAACAGUGAAUGUUUUGGACAACAAUGACAACGCGCCAGUAUUCACGCAAAAUCUGUACAAAGCUAGAGUGUACGAAAAUGCUGAGAUAGGCACGUCGAUCAUAACAUUGAAUGCAACUGAUUUGGAUGCAGGACAAAAUGGAGAAGUUGUUUAUUCGUUCAGCGGGAUGGGUCGUGGGAAACAAACACACGUGUUUGAAAUAGAUAAAAUAACAGGAACAGUGACAAACAAGAAGAAUGUGGACUUUGAAGAGAACACUGCUUUCGAGAUUCGAGUGCAAGCGAGUGACAGCGGCACGCCACCUCUCACGUCACAUGCUAAAUUACUGUUUGAAGUUUUAGAUGUGAACGACAACGCUCCUGAAAUUACAGUUACCUCCUUGUUAGGUACAGUGAAAGAGGAUGCGCCCAUCGGCACCGCAAUUGCUCUAGUCUCGGUAUUUGACAGAGACAGUGGUAAAAAUGCCGUGGUUAAUUGUGAAAUCGCUAAUGAUGUCCCUUUCAAAUUAGAGUCAAAUUAUAAGAAUUAUUAUUCUUUAGUUGUGGGAGGACGUCUAGACAGAGAAAACGCGCCUCAUUACAAUAUCAGCAUCACUGCUAGAGAUGAGGGCAGCCCACCUCUCUGCAGCAACAGCAUGAUUCUUGUACACGUGUCUGAUGUAAAUGAUAACACACCUAUUUUUACAGAGAGCACAAUAAACAUAUUUAUGAAAGAAAACAAUCCAACAGGAGAAGUUAUGAAAAAAGUGUCCGCACUUGAUGCAGACACUGUUGAAAAUGGCCAGAUAAGCUACUCACUUUUAACUGAAAAUAGUAACAAGUUGCCACUCAGAUCAUUGAUAAACAUAAAUUUAGAGACUGGGGAGGUAAUCUGUUUGCAGUCCUUCAACUAUGAGGAAUUAAAAACAUUUCAGUUUAAAGUUCAGGCUACAGAUGCUGGUGUUCCUCCACUCAACAGCAACGUGACUGUUAAUGUUUUUAUCUUGGAUGAAAAUGAUAAUAAUCCAACUAUUUUAGCUCCUUAUUCUGAGCACGGCUCUGUUAACAGUGAGACCAUCCCUUAUUCAGCUGAAUCUGGAUACUUUGUAGCAAAGAUCAGGGCUGUGGACGCAGAUUCUGGAUACAACGCGCUGCUUUCUUAUCACCUGUCGGAGCCCAAAGGAAACAACCUGUUCAGGAUCGGAACCAGCACUGGAGAAAUCAGGACUAAGAGGAGAAUGAGCGACAAUGACCUGAAAACUCAUCACUUGUUGGUGUUAGUUUCUGAUAAUGGAGAGCCUUCUCUGUCAGCCACUGUUUCUAUUGAUGUGAUGGUGGUUGAAAGCACAGCUGAUGUCCAGACUCAGUUCAGACAUGUGCCUAUAAAGGAGGACAACUUCUCUGAUUUGAACUUGUAUCUACUGAUCGCCAUCGUGUCAGUGUCUGUGAUCUUUCUGCUGAGUCUCAUCAGUUUAAUAGCUGUCAGAUGCCACAGGACAGACAGUGAUUUCAGCAGGUACAGCGCCCCCAUGAUCACCACCCACCCUGACGGGAGCUGGUCUUACUCUAAAGCUACUCAGCAGUAUGACGUGUGUUUCAGCUCAGACACACUGAAGAGUGACGUAGUGGUUUUCCCCGCACCGUUUCCACCUGUAGAUGCUGAACUGAUCAGUAUCAACGGAACAGACACUUUUACCAGAACUCAGACUUUACCAAACACAGACAAGGUAAGAUUAAAUUUUCAGCCAUGUUGUCGUUUGGCGCUCUAUGACCAUGUUAGGUUGUUGAUUGCUCUCCGCUACACUUGA